AUUUUAUGAAGAUAUUAAGAAGUGGGGUACUGCAUAAUGAUAACGGACGAAACCAGCUUGAUAAAAGCUGCUUUGUGAUCGAAUCUUUAAAUUUAGUCGCAAACUGGACGUUCAUCAUCAAGAUUGAACAUGGUCGUGGACAAUAAAAUAGAAUACAAAUGUACCCUCAGCAAAGAAACACAAGCAAUUGCCUUGGCGGAAUUACGGGAAGAUGAAAACAUGAGAAACCAAGCGUUGGAGCAAUUCCGAGCCUGGAUACUAAAGCACCCUUCAAUAAAACGUUGUCGGACUGAUUCUUUAUUUCUGCUCCGAUUCUUGAGAACCAAAAAGUUCAGUUUGCCCAUGGCGCAAGACAUGCUAGUACGUUAUUUGCAAGCCAAACAAUUGUAUCCCGAAUGGUUUCAAAAUUUGGACUUCGAUGAUCCUGUUAUGCAAGAAAUUAUUGACAGCGGAUUUGUCGUUCCGUCGUUGGAAAAAGAUAAGCAUGGAAGACAAGUUAUUUUUAGUUUUUAUAAUCGAAUUGAUCCAUCAAAAUAUGGAUCGAAGGAAAUAACUCGACUCUUUGCUUUAACGUUUGAAAUGUUCAUGGACGAUGAAGAGAAUCAAGUACGUGGUUACAAGCACGCGACUGACGCUUCUGGGGUAAACUUAGCCCACAUGACUGCUUGGUCAUUGACAGAUAUAAGGAUAGUGUUUAGAUGGCUCCAAAAUAGCACACCGAUGCGACAUAGAGAAAUGUGUUUCAUCGGUAUUCCGAGCUUCGCCUUUAAGGUUUUUGAGUUUACCUUGUCGCUCAUGAGUGAGAAACUCAGGAGUAGAACAUCGAUUUUUAAAAAUAUCAAAGAUUUCACGAAAACAAUCGAUCCUAAAAUUCUACCGAAAGAGUACGGUGGUACUGUUCCACUUGCUGAUAUGCUUGCGGUAUACAAAGAGAAGUUGCGUAAAAAGAAUGAAGAAAUAAAAGCCCUUGAUGAUAUGUACAUCGAAAUAUCACCGAAAGAAAAGUCUUUAAUUUCGGAUAACUUCGGCGGCGUUUCUGGCUCGUUCCGAAAACUCGAGAUUGAUUAGUCACAAAAGUUUUUCACAAGGUUAUAGACUUCUGCAUUAAAAAUCCCAGUCAUCAUGAUGGUAUA